AUGGGUAGAAAAAACUACCCACGUGUAGUUGAAGAUGAUUACCAAUAUGGUUACUGGCCGCGUGAAGUACAAGAGGUCGUUAUCAGUUGUCCACCAAUUAACAGAAAUAUAGCAAAUACAACAGCAUCAGUGACUACGACUGAUUUUAUACCAGUCGAUGGAUUUAUGCAUUAUGAGAACAGUUCGCUAAGUACUCAAAAAGCCAGAACACUGGAAAUCAACUACUACGGAGAUUGUGCACGUAAUGAUGAAGAUGAUGCUUCAGAAUACCAAACAGCUUUAUCCCAAAUACCAUCACGUUUUUCUUAUCGGCAUUUAAAUUUGAUAAGCUUGUACGACUUACAUGUGCUAGAUUGUUUAUAUUAUGUACCAUACAUUCGAAGGAAUUUAACAUUCAGUAAUAGUGAUCAGUUAUGCCAGUGA